AUGGACAACUUACCAACAAUCGGGUCGCUAGGCCCUCCCCAGAACACCAAUCUGCCUUGGGUCCGGUGGGCAGAGAUCGAUGCCGCAAACGACAACUCCCGCAGCAGAAACAUAGCUUGGAAGAUAUAUCUCGUGUACCUCCGUGAAGGCUCAUCCUGGGAGGCUGGCAGUCAUCAAGAAAUGAGGCACUACUUCCUCGUCGCUCGUGCUUAUCGCCAAGCGCGAGUUGCAUGGAGUAGUCCCAGCGCGACCCAACUCUACCGAGCUGCAAAUCUAUGCGAGGAGAACUGGACUGUCGCUCUAGGCCACUUUCUUAUAGCACAAUAUCCCACACAUGAACGACUAUUGUUCUGGGCCUCCAACCGUCGAGUCUACCCAGCGGUCCACGAGGGCGUGCGUAAGCCCAGGACGGACGAGACGAUAAACAGAACGAGUGGGCCUGGUCCUCGGACGGCCGAUGGCACAGACGACCUUGUCUCGUUGUCUGGAAGCUUAGGCGUGGAAUCAUACUACUCGGGGAUUCCACUUUGGAUGGUCCUCCGAGUAGAUGUUUCAGAGAAUCCCUCCCAGCACCUAGCACCCAUGGACGACGACGGCACGGAUGGGGGCUCACAUGAAUCAGGGAGUGGAAAGCCAGAGCCAGAGCCAGAAACAGAGCUAGAAGAUGAGGGGCAGCGGCCGUUGGUAGCAACACUACAUCCCGAUGUACAGUCUCGCCAAACUAUCUCAGAGCUGAUCCACACGGUCAAGGGCGAUGUUGAAAAGCUGUCACAUGAGUUAUUGGUGCACAGGCGAGCAGCAGCAAAUCGACGAGCAGACAUCCGAGACGAUGUAACAAGGUUGAGGGGGGAUGCCGACAAUUUUAGGAAGAAUACCCAAGAUACCCUCGAAAGUAUUACGGAAAGAGUGACCCUAGUCGAGCAGUCAGUUGCAGGCCUUUGUCAGAACCGAAAUUCUCGUUCCCUAAGCAACCUCCAAGAGGGCAAUCCUGGCGAUACUGCUCCAAUCCCGAGCCACGCAGAGAUGUACGCCAUGAUAUCGGGCAUUAAAGAGAAUAUUGCGACAUUGCUGGCCGCAGACAGAGCGCCUAAUCCGAUAGUGGCGCAAAUCCAGCGAUCUCUUAACACCGCCCAAGGGUACUUUGAACAGUGCUUAAAGGAGAUGGAGAAGGAUAUCGGUGAUCUAAAAAUGAAGGAUGUGGCAAACACACUCACUAUCAAUAAUCUGAAGCGGCAAAUAAUAACACAGUCUCAGAUUAAUGAGACAAUGAUGGAGACAUUGCAUUCUAUGGAGGAACGACUGGGCCAGCCCAGCUCUAGAACUCAGCUACGUGCCUUGAACGCCAGGCUCGAGAUACGACGGGGCGAAUAA